AUGCCGGCACUGGACAUUCCCGAGGCCGGGUUGUCUCUCUGCAGAGACAACCCUGCCGCGAAGCCCCCCCAGAUCAUGCGGUUGAAUCUGGCCCAGAACACCCUCGACGACAUAAUACAAAGUUUACGAAACGACCAGUCCGCUCGAGUUCGUCUAGGGAAACAUGCGGCUCUCUACUACGGCUCCAAAUCCCAGCCCUUCCACUCUUUCCCCGAAUCGCUUCCCUCCGAGAUCUACCGCGGCAGCUCCGCUGACAAAGAGAACCUAUAUUUCACGGGUCUUCUGAGCCACAGCUUGGAGGUGGAAAAGGCCAAGGAGGCGACCGCGGCCACCGACCAGGCCUUGGCCAACCUCGAGCAGAGCUUGAACGCCUUCGAAAGAGGAAAGGAAUCCAAGAAGACUCAUAUGAUUUCAAGCCUCGGUGACGUUCGAGCUUUGCGAGCAGGUGACGGUCGGUCCACCAGCGGACGCCAGGGUGCCCUCUUGGCCGGCCGAUCCUCGGGCAAAGCGGAAUUGGAGAAAGACCGGUUGCUGAAAAACAAUGCUCCCAAUCGCUCCGUCUCCUCCAGCCCGGCCCUAGGCGUUGCUCGUUCUCCCGCCUCGAUCCCUCCCCUUACACCUACCUCCGCGCCGCUUUCGCAAAGUCGGGAUCGCAUUCGCCUCGAAGCCCUCAAGACUCCCUUCGUUCACCUCCUCGCCGUCCGUGCCGUUUCCACCAAAUUCCUCGCUCGUCAGACCCGCGCGUCUCUGGAAGACUGCGCCGCCCUCGCCCAACAAUACGGCGUCAAGAAUCGGAUCAACCCGGAGAAGUUUGACCUCAAGGAUCGAACAUAUAAAGAACUCGAUGUGUGGAAGUUCCCGUACCCGUCUCAGGAAGAUCGCCAGGAGGCCAUUGAGAAUGCGAUCUCGGCAUUUGAUCGGUUGCGAAUCUCUCGCACCGACAAGCUCUGGCAGAUGCUUCUCCCCAAGGAAGAACGGGGUCAAGGCAAAUGUCUCUCGCGGCUGAACUUGCAGACGGGUCCGAAGAAGAAGCCGGAAACUCCUAAGAUUCAGGUACAAAGCGCCGAUGAUGCUGGCAAAGAGGGUUACACCACUGGCCCGGAUACCGACCGAACCGGCGGAAGUGGCUCUACCGCCAAAAACGUGGAGCCCACAUCUGCCCCCAAGCCCGUUGCAGGGACACAGAAGAAGAAAGCUGUCGAGAAAGAAACCGCCAAAAAGCCUGCCGCCAAGAGCAAGACCGCGGCCAACAGCACCUUGACUGGUCGCAUCACCAAAAAGGCAGAAAAGAAGCCGGUGACGAUGAAAACAGACGGCAAAUUCAAAUCAGCGGAAUAUGUCAAUGAUUCGGAUGACGAUGAUACGGACAUGCCAGAGGCGCCACCGGCAGAAAAGCCUAGGCUUGAGAAGACCAAGCCCAAACCCAAGCCCGCGAGCAAGCCGACCGAGGCCGCCCCUCGAGAAUCUUCUCAUGCUCCGACACCCAAGGUGGAUGCCCCCGAGGUUCCACCGCCCAAGUCGGAGCCUGCCUCGCAAACCUCUAACAAAUCUGUUUCGUCGAAGCGACUGCCAUCUGCUCGGGCUCCGGGCCAAAAGUCUCCCCAGAAGCCGUCUCCGCUUGGCUCUUCGCCGCCGACCAAUGCCUCCGAGCUGCAAAACCGCAGUCGUUCGUCCAGUCAAAAUAACACCUCCAGCUCUUCGUCCUCCUCCCCGCUGAUCACGCAGAUCGCCAAGACAAACAAAGUCACCAAGACUCUGCCCACCCCUGCGAAGCCGGUUAAGACCAAUGGAAUUGCGAAGUCGACUCCGGCGGUCAACCCGUUGAAGCGGAAGGCGGAAUUGGAGCGACCGGCGAUGACUCGACCUCUCGCGGCGGGACGGACCACGGGAGACUUGGAACACAAGCGUCGACGGGCCGUGAGCACGUCGAGCGGCAGUACUGGCAGCGCGUCGCCUCCCCUCAGUCGGGAAAUUCUUCUCCAGCAGCUGCGGGAGAAAUCGCAGUUGUUCAAGCAGAACUAUGCCAAAUAUCGCACGCUGCAUGAUUCCAUGGCGACCCAUCCGGACCCUCCGCGGGCGGACUUGGAACGUUUGCAAAGGCAGCACGCCAAGUUACAACGCAUGAAGAAAGAAAUCUGGGACGAAGACCGACGUCUGCGAGACCGACUAUAA